AAUGCAGUGGUGUAGUCCAGGGUAUACGGCGGUAUACGGCGUAUACCCACUUAUUUUUCGGUCAGCAUUGCGUAUACCCACUUCUAAAUCCCCCUGAUGCGCACCAUUCAGUAAUAUCUGUGAGCCAGGUAGCCCAUUUUUUCCUUAAGGAUCAUGAAGCCACGACCCACCCUCUUCUGCCUCUAAUUGGCUGGUACUCGCAGCCUUCACUGAUUAGAUUGGUUAACUUUAGACAUGAGUACAGAUGAGCCAAUCAGAGGCAGAGGAGGGCGGGUCAUGCCAAGAAAAAUAUUGCUAACACCUCAGGUGCAAGUGGAAAAAAAAAAACUCGCUAACGGCAGACAGCAGGCGGCAGUAUGCCAACCCAGUUGAUGAAGGACAUCAUCCUGCAGGUGAGUUUUAAGGUGGUUUCCAAAUAAGUCAUUGUUUUAACCUACUGGCAAUAUGACUAGACAUUUAGAAGAGACGAGAUUUUGUCACCAGUAGUUAAACUGUGCGAGUUGCUAGCGUUAUGAAAGGCUAAUGUUACCCUAAUGUUAGGUUGCUGAAGCUAGCUAGAUUGGAAUAAUGAGGGGAAACCGCGCCAUUGUUGGUUUUCAGUAAGUGUUAAUUAGAAUUUCAUACCAGACUAAUGUUAGAUGAAACUGAUUAUCUCAGUUUCUAUGAAGCUUGUUUGUUACUGUGAAGGUCUAAAUUAUAACGUUUAAUUUAAAGGUAAUUUUAAUUUUAAAGUAGCUAGGCUGGUAGUUGAUUUUUCAGUACAGUAAGUUAAAAACACAAGAAUUGGGACAAAUAGUUUAAGAUUCGGCCUAAAACAAUAUUGAGGUCUAAUCAGAAUGUCUUACUUUGUUUAGGGACAGACAAAAAUGAAAAGAAAGGGAGAUAUUGCAGAUUUUUUUAUAAAGAGGCACAAAUCAGGCCCAGACCAGCCCCAGGCAGACCCCAGCCCUGAAACCAGCAAACCUGGCAGCUCCCACCUGGGCGCUAGCCAGGCAAGUCAACCCAGUCUACCACCACCAGACAUAAAUAAUGACUGGCCAGACCUGUGGAGUGCUAAACAAACAGAAGACUUCAAAUCCAAGAACCCCUGGUUGGGAUCCAAAAACAAAAAAUUAGGAUGUCUGGUCUGUAGCAGUGUGAACUCCAUUGGGAUCAACAAGGAGCAAGGUGUGUCACUCUCAAGAGAAUGGAUGAACUUUGAAAUUCAAGUGUCUGGCCAUGAAAGUAGAACAACAAGUCUGUCAGUCUUGAGAAAUAAGGUGAGGAAACAUGCGUUGUCCAAGGCCCACUCUCAGGCUGUGAAGGUGGCAGAGCAACAGAAAGAAGCUGCCAUUGACAAUGCAAUGGAGACCAUGACUGAGUCCUACAUGAAGGAAACUGAAGCUGUGUUUCGAACAGCCUACCAUCUGGCCAAAAAUAACCGACCCUUUUCUGACCAUGAAAGCCUCAUUGAGCUGCAAGAACUGAAUGGUGUAAAAAUGGGCUCAAUACUUCAUUCACGUUACAGUGCAACGCAAAUAAUACAGCAUGUUGCUAGUGAGAUGCAGAGCAAAAUUGUCAGUAGCAUUAUAGCAUCAUCCAGUAAGUUAGCUGUUCUGAUUGAUGAGGCAUCUUCUUUAAGUCACAAGGCUGUCAUGACAGUUUCUAUUAAAGCAUCAAUUCAAGAAGAAAGCCCUGAGUUUAUAUUCCUGGAACUUGUUGAACUUGAAAAUCAGAGAGCAGAUGGCAUAGUACAGGCGUUACUUACCUGUUUAACUAAUGCUGGCUUUACAGAAGAGUCAGCUCGAGCAGCACUGUACAGUGCUCUGUCCCCUGACCUGAAGGCAGCAUCCCGGGCUCUGAGGAGUGCGGGGACCUGGCUGGUCAUCCAGGGUUUCUGGUUUGGGAAAGCCCUGAUGGUUUUGUCCACAGUCACAUUCCCGAUGCAGAACUGA